AUGGGCUCGAGCGUCGAGCGAUGCGCGCGCGAUGACGCCCUCGCCGGCGUCGCCGCGGGCGUCGCGUGCGCGCUCGUGGGACAUCCGUUUGACACGGUGAAAGUGUUCGCGCAAGGCGUCGAGUCGCGGGCGCGCGCGUCGACGGUGGCGGCGACGCGGGCGAUCUACGCCGCGCGCGGCUUUCGUGGGUUCUACGCCGGCGUGAGCGCGCCCUUGAUCGGGAACUCGCUGGAGACGGGGAUGAAUUACGCGGUGUUUCACGAGACGCGUCGCCGGGCGCUGGACGCGGCGGCGCGGCGGCGGGACGGAGGGGCGACGACGUUGAACGAUCGAUUGUGCGCCUCGGCGCUCGGGGGUGGGUUCGCGGGCGCGGUGCUGUGUGCGUUCAUAACCCCGUUCGAGCUCGUGAAGUGCCGAGCGCAGAUGGGAGGGGGCGGCGGACGCGCCUGGCGCGUCGCCCGGGAGACGUACGCGGCGCGGGGCGCGUUUGGAUUAUUCAGAGGGUUCUCGCACACGCUCGCGCGCGAGAUCCCGAGCGGGGCUAUUUAUUUCUCAUCGUACGAGCUCUUACAGAGCUUCGUUCCUCGAAAUGGGGCGUCGUCGUCGACCGUGGACGUGACCGAGGCGGCGUUCGAGGAGCGAGACGCCGCCGGUUUAGCGCUCGAAGCCGUCGCCGCGGUCGGUUGUGGCGGUCUCUCCGGCGUCAUCACCUGGCUCGCCGUGCUUCCGUUGGACAACGCGAAGACCAUUUUCCAGUGCGAGCGUCCGGGCGGUGCGCACGAUCUCUCUCCGCUCGCGUUGCUCGGGCGUCUCGUCCGCGAGCGCGGCGUCUCCGGCGUCUAUCGCGGCGCCGUCCCCAUCGUCGCUCGCGCGUUCCCCGCGAACGCCGCCCAGUGGCUCGCCUUUGAGUUCGUCUCCCGUUCUCUGCACCACCGUCGCGUCGCGUCAUCGCCGUAG